GGCGAUCCUCAAGUUGUCGGGAGAGGUGGGCCGCUUCGAUGGGCUGCUGCGUGCGGCGGAGGCGGCCCUGGUUACUGUCGUCGGCGACGCGGAGGCUGCGCAGCGUCUGCGGGCGCUCCUUCCCGCAUUGCUGGCGAUGCUUCGAGGCGAGCCGCCUACGUGGCUGGAGAGGCUGCGGCGCAACGUCGCCCUCCACGCUGACGCUUCGGGCAUCGACGUGGCGGCGGCGGACGCUGCCUUGCUUCGCCAGGGCCAGGGCGGGCCCCGCCUCGGAGUGCGACGGGGCGACGUGGGUCGUGGCGCUGCCAGCCUCUCCGCGGACGCCGAGGUGUUCGUGCCUCGCGGCGUGGGCGACAUGGGCGGCGGCGACGAGGAGCUCGAGUACCAGUUCGACGCAGGCUCGGUCUGCGAGUCCCCACCGUUGGUGCACGAUGCCUGCUCGGACUUUGUGGAGAAAGCCUUGCCCUCGAUGCUGAAGGAGGCUGGCAGCACGGGAUCCGCCUCCGUGUGCGUGCUCGAGGUUGCCCCUGGUACUUGGGAGCCUUUGGAGGGCUCCCCCGUGGGCGUGGACGAUGCGGAGUCCGUCAUAGCAGAUGUCGUGGACGAGGUGACGCACCUUUCCGACGAGCAGUUCCCCGUGCAAGAGUCGCAGGGCUUCAAGUUCGCCGCUUCGCCGUGCUCG